AUGGUGUCGACUCGAGACGCAUCGUCGCACGACGCGGCGGUGCUGGCCAACCUGGGCCACACGCAGGAGCUCGAGCGCAAAUUCUCCCUCGUCUCCAUGCUCGGCCUAGCGUUCGCCAUCCUGAACACGUGGACGGCCCUGUCGGCGUCCAUCACGCUGGCGCUGCCGUCCGGCGGCGCCAGCUCCGUCAUCUGGGGUCUCAUCGUGGCCGGCAUCUGCAACAUGUGCCUGGCCGCGUCGCUGGCCGAGUUCCUCUCGGCCUGGCCCACGGCGGGCGGGCAGUACCACUGGGCGGCGCUGGUGUCGCCCAAGGGGUGGAGCAGGGGGGUCAGCUACGCGACCGGGUGGAUCAACGUGAGCGGGUGGGUGUGCCUGACGGCCACGGGCGGUCUGCUGGGCAGCCAGUUCGUCAUCGACGUCAUGGCGCUGUUCCGCGACGACCCGGACGUGUCGGCCCCGGCGUGGCAGCAGUUCCUCAUCUACAUCGGCUUCACGGCCGCGGCCUUCGUCGUCAACGCCUCCCUCACGCGCAUCCUGCACUCCCUCAACAAGGCGGCCCUGCUGUGGUCCGUGGCCGGCUUCCUGAUCGUCAGCGUCACGCUGCUGGCCUGCUCGUCGCCCAGCUACCAGCCCGGCUCGUUCGUCUACGGCCAGUUCGCCAACGAGGUCGGCUGGCCCGACGGCGUGGCCUGGAUGCUCGGCCUGCUCCAGGGCGCCUUCGCCCUCACCGGAUUCGACGCGACCGCCCACAUGAUCGAGGAGAUGGCCGACCCGCAGAUCCAGGGCCCCCGCAUCAUGAUGUACUGCAUCGUCAUGGGCGUCCUCAGCGGCUUCUUCUUCCUGUCCUGCCUGCUCUUCUGCGUCGACAGCAUCGACGACGUCAUCGGCGCCGCCUGGGGCCCCAUCCUCCAGAUCUUCAUGGACGCCACCGGCAGCAAGGCCGGCAGCACCUGCCUCGUCAUGUUCCCUCUCGUCUGCAUGCUCUUCACCUCGACCGCCCUCAUGACCACGUCCAGCCGGAUGACCUACGCCUUCGCCCGCGACGGAGGCAUGCCCUUCAGCAGCUUCUUCGCCAAGGUCCACCCCACGCUCGAGGUGCCCCUCAACGCCCUCGUCUGGACGACGGCCUGGGUCGUCAUCUUCGGGUGCGUCCUCCUCGGAUCCAGCAGCGCCUUCAACGCCAUCACUGCCGCCUCGGUCGUCGCCCUGGGUGUGACGUAUGCCAUCCCCCAGACCAUCAACUGCCUCCGCGGCCGCAAGAUGCUGCCUGAGAACCGCCCGUUCAAGCUCCACCCGGUCGUGGGCUGGGUCGUCAACAUCGUCGGCCUUCUCUGGACCGUUCUGACCACGGUCCUGUUCGUCUUCCCCCCGGAGCUCCCCGUCACGCCCGACAACAUGAACUACGCCGUCGUCGCCUUUGGCGUCAUCCUCGUCAUUUCCGGCUCGACUUGGAUCUUUGACGGACGCAAGAACUAUAAGGGUCCCCAGAUUGGCCUCAACAUUGAUGGCACUGAGCCCGAAAUGAUGCAUCGCGAGCACCGGCAGGACACUUCUUCUACCGACGAGAAGAUUGCUGCAUGA